AUGGCCCUCACCGUCGGGAUCGCUGGCAUCACCGGAAAGUUCGCCCGCCGCGUGGUCUCCCACCUGCUCAAGCACUCCGAUGUCACUAUCCGCGGAUACUGUCGUGACCCCAGCAAGGUCCCCGAGUCCAUUUCCUCCUCGGAGAAAGUGACCCUGUUCAAGGGCGAUGCCUUCGACAAGGGGGCCAUCCGUACCUUCGCCCAGGGCUGUGAUGUGCUGAUCUGCUGCUACCUCGGCGACAACCAGCUCAUGAUCGAUGGACAGAAGAUUCUGAUCGAUGCCUGUGAGGAGCAGGGCGUUCCGCGCUACAUCGCAAGUGACUGGGCCCUCGACUACACCAAGCUGAAACUAGGAGAGCUGUUCCCCAAGGACCCCAUGAUCCACGUUCACGCCUACCUGGCUACAACGCAAAAGGUCAAGGGCGUCCAUGUACUAAUCGGAGGGUUCAUGGAGCCGGUUCUCAGCCCCUUCUUCAAUAUUCUGGAUCCCAAGACCAACACUUUCCGCUUCUGGGGCGAGGGCGAUGAAAUCAUGGAGGGAACUACCUACGACAAUGCGGCUGAGUUCACCACCGCCGUGGCUAGGGAUCCCGAGGCAACUGGUAUCAUCCGCUUCCUUGGCGGCCGCGCCACUAUCCGCGAAAUCGCUCAGUCCUACGAGAAGGUCUACGGCGUGAGGGCGAACCUUGAGAGGCUGGGUUCUCUCGACGACCUCUACAAGUUUAUGCACGAGAAGCAAGCCCAGAACCCUGCUGAUAUCUACGGCUACAUGUUCUUUUACUAUUACUGGAUCAAUGGGCAGACCUUUGUCGGGCCGCAGCUCGAUAAUGACAAAUAUCCACAGGUCAAGCCUGUCAGUUGGGAGGAGUAUAUGAGGCAGUGGCCUUUGGAGCAGCUGCCCAGUUCUUAUUUUGCACUCAAUGCUUGA